CGACAACCUUGUAUUUGUUCUUCCAUAAUUCAGUAUGAUUAAUGUGCAAGUAUAAGACCUAAGUUCGCCAUUCACGUUCUACGCGUGUUGUUCUAGUUUAAUACUCGUGUUGUAGUUACACUAUAAACCCCCAUUAGUGUGACGUAUUGAUAAAAUUGCAGCUUUAUUUGGGCAUCUUUUUCGUCGAAAACACAUCCUAAAAAUGGACGAAGCGGAAGCAAGUCUUGGAACUCAACAAAUCCCCGAAGCAUCGGAGUCCCUCUUCAGCACCGUAGACAUAAUUUUAUUAACGUUGCUAUUGGGAGGAAUAGCUUGGUGGUACCUCAACAAACAGAAGAAAAAGGAUGUGACGCCUCAGCGCUCCUAUUCCAUCCAACCCACGUCAAUGAGCCUCCAAACCAGCUCAGACAACUCCUUUAUCAAAAAACUGAAAGCGUCUGGCAGAAGUCUGGUGGUGUUCUAUGGCAGCCAAACCGGAACCGCGGAAGAAUUCGCCGGAAGAUUGGCGAAAGAAGGUGUGAGGUACCACUUGAAAGGUAUGGUGGCGGACCCCGAGGAGUGCGAUAUGGAAGAACUGGUGAAUUUGAAGUCCAUUCCGAAUUCUUUGGCCGUUUUCUGUUUGGCUACUUACGGCGAAGGGGAUCCGACUGAUAACGCGAUGGAGUUUUAUGAGUGGCUACAAAAUGGUGAUGCGGAUUUAUCAGGCUUGAAUUAUGCUGUAUUCGGGCUAGGGAACAAAACGUAUGAGCACUACAAUCAAGUCGCAAUUUAUGUAGACAAACGUUUGGAGGAAUUGGGGGCCACGAGGGUGUUCGAUAUGGGGCUAGGGGACGAUGACGCCAAUAUUGAAGAUGACUUCAUCACCUGGAAGGACAAAUUCUGGCCAGCCGUGUGCGAGCACUACGGCAUCGAAUCCACCGGCGAAGACGUCACCAUGCGCCAAUAUCGCCUCCAAGAAUUCAAAGACGAGACCCCCGACAAACUCUACACCGGCGAAAUGGCCCGACUACACUCCCUCAAAAACCAGCGGCCGCCCUUCGACGCCAAAAACCCCUUCUUGUCCAAGAUCCGCAUCAACCGCGAACUCCACAAGGGCACCGAGAGGUCGUGUAUGCACAUCGAAUUCGACAUCGAAGGCUCGAAAAUGCGCUACGACUCCGGCGACCACUUGGCCGUCUACCCCAUCAACGACAAGGAGUUGGUAGACAAGAUCGGGAAGUUCACCGACUCCGAUCUCGACACGAUCUUCACUCUCAUCAACACUGACGAAGAAUCGAGUAAGAAACAUCCGUUCCCGUGUCCGACGACCUACAGGACUGCCCUCACGCACUACUUGGAUAUCACGAUGAAUCCCAGGACGCACGUGCUGAAGGAGUUGUCGGAGUACUGUGGAGAUGCUGCGGAAAAAGAGAAGAUGAAGCUCAUGGCAAGUACUUCUCCAGAGGGUAAAGCGCUAUACCAGCAGUGGAUCAUUGCGGAUAAUCGCAACAUUGUCCACGUCCUGGAGGACAUGCCGUCGUGUAAACCUCCACUGGACCACCUUUGUGAACUCCUACCCAGGCUGCAACCUCGCUACUAUUCCAUUUCUUCUUCGCCGAAACUUUACCCUAACACUGUGCACAUAACCGCCGUCGUGGUGGAGUACACCACCCCCACUGGACGCCACAACAAGGGGGUGGCCACCACUUGGUUAGCCGCCAAAAAACCCACACCCGACGAAGAACCCCCAACUGCGCCUAUUUUUAUUCGCAAGUCGCAAUUCAGGUUACCUACGAAAUCACAAACUCCUAUUAUUAUGGUGGGACCUGGUACAGGCUUGGCUCCUUUCCGUGGGUUCAUACAAGAGCGAAGCCACGGCAAAGAAGAAGGCAAAGUCGUCGGGGAAACAGUUCUUUAUUUCGGCUGUCGCAAGAGAUGCGAAGAUUUUAUCUACGAGGAAGAGCUCGUGGAAUAUGAAAAGAACGGUCUGUUGACGCUGCAUUUGGCGUUUUCGAGGGACCAAGCGCACAAGGUUUAUGUCCAGCAUCUCCUGGAGAAGAAUGCGGAGGAGUUGUGGAGAAUUAUUGGAGAGAAUAAUGGGCAUUUAUAUAUUUGCGGUGACGCAAAAUCCAUGGCGCCGGAUGUGCGCAACGUCGUUAUGAAAAUCAUCCAAGACAAGGGACAAAUGAACGAACAGCAAGCGUCUGCCUAUUUAAAGAAGAUGGAGACGCAGAAACGCUACUCAGCUGAUGUAUGGAGUUAAUAGACAAGUGCUUUAGGUGUAAUUACUUUAACAUUAAUUUAACGAAUUACUCUGGUGCCUACACAUGUGCAUUUUUGUUUUGACAUUCCCGCGUUCUAGAAAGGAUGGGUGCAAUUUAUUGUUAUUUACUGCAAAUCAAAAUAUAUUUAUAAUAAAAUGGUAUAAUUUUUGAAAA